AUGGUAGCUAGAAUCAGGAAAAGUGUUACUGAGUCUCAUAAUUCAACAAAACCUAUUGUUGGAGAGGUUGAUACUAAUCCCCCGAUUCAAUCGGUUAAAGAUGUUGUUUAUCUAUUUGAUGAAGGUGCAUUCUCUGGUGAAAAUCCUAUUGUUAAGAAGUCAAAAUCUAAAUCUUAUUAUGUUAUCGAGGGUGUUUGGGCAAAGGAGGAAAAUGUUCCCAAAUUUAAGAACUCUUGGUUGAAUCAUGAUAACAUAGUUACCUGCUCUCGCGAUGGCAGUGCUAUUAUAUGGAUUCCAAAAUCACGAAGGUCACAUGGAAGAAGUGGUCGCUGGGCUCGUGCAUAUCAUCUCAAAGUUCCAUCUCCACCUAUGCCUCUACAACCUCAAAGAGGUGGUCCACGCCAGAGAAUUCUACCAAUACCAUGA